AUGGAAGCCGUUAGAGUGGAUGCAAAAUACAUUGAAAAGUUUGGCGGGAAAACGGUGAAGGUGAUAGGAAAACUCAAGGAGUACAAUGGGGACGUUGGCAACGGAGUGGUUGAGGCCAACGGUAAUAUCAACCUAAAGUUCCAAACGCAUUCGGAGCCUUUGGUGAAAGAAAAAUAUUAUGAAUUCGUUGCUACGGUUGACCCAGGUGACCACAGCUUGAAGGUCAUUGAAACCGUUGAUAUGGGGGAUGAUUUGAACCAAAGAGCACUUGACAAAAUGGUGAGUUUAUGCCAUAAGUUCCCGGAUCUCUUCUACGAUAAGUCUCUAGCACAAUAA